AUGAUAAAAUACUUGAAUAAUGAAUUCCCAGAAAACUGUAUUAUCGAGUUUUGCAUAUUACCAGAUUUUCCAAUAUAUAGGUUGUUAGAUAGCAUUGUAACAGAUCUUGGCAUGGUAUAUAUUGACACGCGUGGCACUUUAUCCACGACAAAAAACUGCUAUAGGUUAUUUUCUCAUCAGGAAUACAGUGAAUUAUUUAUACAAUUGAAAGUUAUGAGAGAUAAAUUGAUAAUAAUAGAUUCGGUAACCGCAAUUGUGGAUAGUUGUGAUGAUGGAAAUGAUAUUAUUGGGGUGUACAACUCGCUUUGGGAGUUAAUUUAUUUCAAUAAUUUUAGUGUUAUCGUAACUAACCAUUAUAAAGUGCUUAACAGAAUGUAUCAUCCUAGACUGGGCAAUUUAUGGAUGCUGAACGUUACAUACAGAGUAAUGCUGAAACAUUCUGAAGAGGAGGAAAAUUACGAAGUGGUUAAAGUCGAUGAUUAUUUUUGA